GAAGAAGAAGUUGAUGGGAGUUAGUUCAUGCAAAAGUUUUUAAGGAAAAUCAGACCAUAUAAUAAUUAAGAGUAGAUGUAGUAUAAUAAAACCUUGUAGAACUAACCAAUGAACGUGACUUAUGGGAGCUAGUCCUUGGACUUUUUAAAAAAGUCAAAAUAAAGGAGCCUCUUUCUUCUUUCUUCUAAUUAACAUUAUUACACCGACCGUUGAGCCAUUUUUCCCAUUUUCAAGAGAUGUGGCCACUCUUUCCUCCCUAUAUUAACUUCCACUUUUUUCCAUUAAUCUUUUCUUAAUUACAUUUUAUAUUUUUUUUACUCAAAUAUUUUUUCAUUUCUUUUUUAUUUAUUAUUUAUUGAGCUGCCAAUAGGUCAAAUUUUAGCUUUUCUCCUCCCAAGGCCCAACUAAUAAAAAGUCGUCUACUUACACCAAAAAAAAAAAAAAACAAAUAAAAACAAAUUUAAAAAAAAAAAAAAAAUUCCUUUCAAUUCUCCCGGAUUGAAAAAUAACGUGUUUGACUUUGCAUCUGAUUUCUGUAAUUACAAGUUGUAAACAUGGCCUGAUUUCAUUCAUUCAUAUUAAAUUCUCUCUCCUACCAUUUCUUCACAUAUAUAUAACUUCAUCCUUCUACACCCAAUUAAGUUCGAUCUGCUUCUUCCGUUACAUAUUACUACUAUUUCUAUACAUAUACAGUAUAGUAUAUAUAUACUUUUAUUUUAUAUCACUGCAAAAAAUAAAUAAAAAUGGAGGUGAAUAUUGAGAUCCCAUCACAUUUCCUAUGCCCAAUUUCGCUCCAAUUAAUGAGAGAUCCAGUUACAAUAUCAACUGGUAUUACUUUUGAUAGAGAUUUUAUUGAAAAAUGGCUAUUCUCUUGUAAUAAAACCAUUUGUCCUGUUACCAAACAACCCCUUGAUGAUGAUCUUAGCUUCGUCAUUACCCCUAACCACACUCUCCGCCGUCUGAUUCAAUCAUGGUGUACUCUUCACGCAUCUUACGGCGUAGAGCGUAUCCCUACUCCAACACAACCCCCUACCAUAACACAUUCUAACAUCAGCAAGUUAAUCUCCGAUGCGAGCAAGUCACCACAACAGUUGAGGUACACCUGCUUGCAGAGAAUUCGGUCCUCUAUUGCUCCAGCCACGACUCGUUAUUACUCGUCGAGAUGCAAGAAUAUUAUAGUUACUUGUGGAGGUAUCCAGUACGUUGCAAAUGUGUUAAUAGAGAAGGAUGCAACGAGGAGAGAAAAGGAAGAGGCGGUGUUUAUUCUAGCACAAAUGGACGGCUACGAUCAAGAGUUUAAGAGUGUGGUUUUGAGAAAUGAUGAUUAUGCUGAUUUGUUUAUUGAUUCUUUAGUUGGGUUGUUAAGUAGUGAAUCGUCGUCUAAUCGAGAGAGAGAAAAUGCUAUUAAGGUGAUGAAGAUGGUUUAUAGUGUAGCGGAUCCUACUCGGUUGGGUAGUGUUGAGCAUGAGAUGUUUGCGCAUAUUGUUAGGGUUUUAAGAGACAAGGUUUCGAAAGAGGCUACAAAAAAUGCGUUGAAGUUGGUUGUUGAGUUAAACCCUUGGGGGAGAAAUCGGGUCAAGGCGGUCGGGUCUGGGGCGGUCCAUGUAUUGGUGGAGCUGCUUUUGGAUGAGAGAUUGGAUCGACGAAUCUCGGAGUUGGCGUUGGUGGUGUUGGAUCAGUUAUGUGGAUGUGCGGAGGGAAGGGCGGAUCUGGUAGGGCAUGGUGCAGGGUUAGCGGUAGUGUCUAAGAAGAUAUUACGGGUGUCCCACGUGGCGAGUGACCGGGCAAUAAGGAUAUUGUCGUCGAUAUCGAGGUACGUGGGAACGGCGAAGGUGGUUGGGGAGAUGAUGGAGGUAGGGGUGGUGGCGAAGUUGUGCUUGGUCAUACAAGUGGAUUGUAGUUCAAAGACUAAAGAGAGGGCUAAAGAAAUGUUAAGGUUGCAUUCUAGGGUUUGGAAGAAUUCUCCUUGCAUCCCUCCUCAUUUGAUUUCUUCAUAUCCUACUAAUUGAUUAGAUCGAUCUUAGUCAACGACUGGUUUCAAUGUGAGAUUCAAAAAUUUUGUGAAAUCAUCGAUUAAUUAAUUUAAUUUCACUGCACAAUACAAAUUAAAAUCAUCUUUAGUCAUUAACAUUAUCAUUGGUGAGAAUACACAUAAAAAUAUAUUAUAUAUAUAGUUUUUGAUGUUUGUGAACAUUACUCACUAUGUAUAUUAUUAUAGUGAGUCUAAUUUGUACAACUAGCUAAUACGACAUUAAAAUGCAGAUGGACGAAAAGUUGUAUACAUCUAUGUACAUUAUUAUUAUUAUUAUUAUUAUUAUUAUUAUUAUUAUUAUUAAGGAAGAAAGAUCAAGAAAUGCACGCAAGUUGUACAAAGAUGUAGUGCUAAUUUUUGUAGUACUUCCACAAUUUAAUGUAUAAAAAAUGAUCUGAUAUAUUAUACUCUGAUCUAAGUCUUGUUUA